AUGGAAGCUCGGAUGAGUGCUCUUGAAGGGCAGCUGGAGCGGAUAAGGAGGGAACUGGAGGAGACAAGGAAUGGGCUAGAGGAGGCUGAGAGAAUGAGAGCAGUGGAGUCGAAAGAAUCGAGAGGACGAGUGGAGGAGAAAGAGCUAGGGGUGAUAAAUGUGAAGGAGUUGGUAGCAGCAGUGAAGGAAGAGUUGAUAACAGUCAAAGGGGAGUUAGUGAGGGAGCUGGUAGCAGCAGUGAAGGAAGAGUUGAUAACAGUCAAAGGGGAGUUAGUGAGGGAGCUGGUAGCAGUGAAGGAAGAGUUGAUAACAGUCAAAGGGGAGUUAGUGAGGGAGCUGGUAGCAGUGAAGGAAGAGUUGAUAACAGUCAAAGGGGAGUUAGUGAGGGAGCUGGUAGCAGUGAAGGAAGAGUUGAUAACAGUCAAAGGGGAGUUAGUGAGGGAGCUGGUAGCAGUGAAGAGACAUUUUCACAGUCAAGGAAGAGCUGCUGGAGAGGAGGGCGUGGGUGGGCUGCAGAUGGCAGCAAGUGGGCAGCAGUGGAGUAGUGCAAAACGCCAAGCAAUGAGGAGCUUGAUGUUGAAGAUCAACUCAAAAGCGAUGAAAGGUCUGGCAAAGAUUUUUGCAUGGGCCCUGAAGUACUAA